AUGACCAACCACAAGCAUCCUUCCCCGGGAUCGAGAACCACAGAAAUCGUGCGUAAGUCCCCCCCUUUGCGCCCCCUCGCGGCGACUAGGGCGCGGCACGCGGCGCGCAUGAUCGCGGCGUUCCGGGGGCGAUGUAACGGCGGCAGGCCGGCACGGGCCGAUGGGUUUGCCGCUGCGGAGGAAAGGGUUAACCUGCGGCGGCGCAAGGACGAGGCCGCGGAGGCGAUGGAGGGGGCAGCGCCCGUGGAAGUUCCGGCGGAGGAUGUUGGUCCCAUCUUCCGCGAUCCAGCGUGGGAGGCGGCCGAGCGGUCGUAUUUGACACUGUCGGUGGACACGCUGAACAACCUGACGCGGUCCUACAACCUCAUGGCGCCCGAGCUGGCGAAGAAACCCUAUUACUCGCUGGAACGCGAGCUCAAGGCCUGCUACGCCGAUGUCGCGCCGCUGCUGCCGGACAUGAUUCGAGAUCGGGGGCUUCGGCCGGCGAGGUCGCUGCUUGCCGAGGGCCAAGACGCGGCACAGCCGCCGAGCAUGUUUGCGCAGCUGGGCGGCGAGGGCCACGCGAGGGUGUACGAUAGUAGGGCUCCGAAAUACGGGUUCAAGGAGAUGUGGAGAGACAUUUGGGGAACCAAGAAGGCUUAG